CAAGGUUCAGGGCAGGGUACUGGGCGGAGGUCAGCUAGUGUUUAACAGUCUGGUGGCCUGGAGAUAAAGGCUGUUUCUCAAUCUCUCGGUUCCAGCUCAUCAUUUGUAGUGGAUACUGGACCAAACUGUGGCGAAUGGAGUAAUGCACGCGCUGCUGCUCAUCACUCAAAACUGAAAUUAUAGACGGAGCGAUUAUUGAAAUUAUGUUAGUAAAAGACGGGGGGCGUAUUUUGAAAGAAGAGGAAGGCUCAAGACAAGGUGAUGAAACUCCGAACAUUCUAUAUUGAUAUUUAACCACCAUAUGUUCACGACAUCACGCUAUGCAUAGAAACGUUCCUGGAUUAGGGGAGAAUUAACACAAAGCAAAGACGCCACUUCAGCUGCGGUCUGAAACAAGGGAAUCGAGUGAGCAACGGGGCGAAGCCGCACGCCAGCUGCUGCUACUGAAACACACCAGUGUCCAGAAGAAGACAAGUCCCAAAAAGAGACACACAGCAACACGGACAUAGACCACAUCGUCACGAAAGAGGAAGAGGUCCCUCCACUUGAAAGCGCCCCCUGACUGAAGCAUGGAGGAAAAGCCAUUUUCGGUGAUUGUGAAUGGAGCUGUUCCAGGAGAACCUGUGAAGACGGAUAAGAACUCCAGGAGAGGGAACUGGGGAAACCAGAUAGAGUUUAUCCUCACCAGCGUGGGCUAUGCUGUGGGCCUGGGAAACGUAUGGAGGUUCCCCUACCUCUGCUACAGAAAUGGAGGAGGAGCCUUCAUGUUCCCCUACUUCAUCAUGCUGGUGUUCUGUGGGAUCCCCCUGUUCUUCCUGGAGCUCUCAUUUGGACAGUUCGCCAGCCAGGGAUGUCUGGGGGUUUGGAGGAUCAGCCCCAUGUUCAAAGGUGUGGGCUACGGGAUGAUGGUGGUGUCCACCUACAUCGGUAUCUACUACAACGUGGUGAUCUGCAUUGCCUUCUACUAUUUCUUCUCUUCCAUGACCAACCUCCUGCCGUGGACCUACUGCAACAACCCCUGGAACACGCCCACCUGCAACGGUGUGGUGACUCCCAGGGGCAUCAACAACACCUUGGCCAACGUCACCCGCAGCUUGGUCACCGGGGCCGCUGAGGUUGCCGUGGAGGUGGUCAAUAAGACCAAGAGGACCAGCCCCAGCGAGGAGUACUGGAAACACUACGUUCUGCAGAUCUCAGACGACAUCGGGAAUUUUGGUGAAGUCCGUCUCCCUAUUCUGGGAUGUCUGGCCGUGUCAUGGGUGGUGGUCUUCCUCUGUCUCAUUAGAGGAGUCAAGUCUUCAGGCAAGGUGGUGUACUUCACAGCCACAUUCCCCUACGUGGUGCUGACCAUCCUCUUCAUCAGAGGCAUCACCUUGGAGGGAGCUGUCACCGGCAUCAAGUACUACCUUACCCCACAGUGGCAUAAGAUCCUCGACGCUAAGGUGUGGGGAGACGCUGCCUCUCAGAUCUUCUACUCUCUGGGCUGUGCAUGGGGUGGGCUCAUCACUAUGGCCUCCUACAACAAGUUCCACAACAACUGCUACAGAGACAGCAUCAUCAUCAGCAUCACCAACUGUGCGACCAGCGUGUAUGCAGGCUUUGUCAUCUUCUCCAUCCUGGGUUUCAUGGCCCACCACCUGAACGUAGAUGUAUCUGAGGUGGCCGACCACGGUCCCGGCCUGGCCUUCGUGGCCUACCCAGAGGCCCUCACUCUGCUGCCCAUCUCCCCCCUCUGGUCCCUGCUCUUCUUCUUCAUGCUCAUCCUGCUGGGCCUCGGGACGCAGUUCUGCCUGCUGGAGACCCUGGUGACAGCCAUUGUGGAUGAGAUUGGUACUGACUGGAUCGUUAGGAACAAGACGGUAGUCACAGGAGGAGUGGCUAUAGUGGGCUUCCUGCUGGGGGUGCCCCUCACCACACAGGCUGGGAUCUACUGGCUGCUGCUGAUGGAUAACUAUGCUGCUAGUUUCUCUCUGGUUAUCAUCUCCUGCAUCAUGUGCAUCUGUAUCAUGUAUGUCUAUGGACACAAGAAAUACUUCAAGGACGUUGAGAUGAUGCUGGGUUUCCCCCCUCCAAUCUUCUUCCGGGUCUGCUGGAGAUUUGUGUCCCCCAUCAUCAUAUCUUUUAUCCUGAUCUUCACAGUGAUCCAGUACAAGCCGAUCACCUACAACGACUAUGUGUACCCCGGCUGGUCUCUAGCCAUCGGCUUCCUUAUGGCCAUGUCCUCCGUCAUCUGCAUACCCAUCUAUGCUCUCUACAAGAUCGCCAAGUCUGAGGGAAGCACAUUUUUAGAGCGGUUGAAGAAUUCGUGCAAGCCAGACGUGAAGUGGGGCCCGGCCCUGAGUGAGCAUCGGAUAGGCCUCUACGCCACCCCAGGCUCAGAGGGAGAGGUGGAGGUGCGUCCCCUGAAAGAGGAGCUGAAGGAGAAGGAGGAUGAGAAGAGGGAUGAGAUCAGCCUCACCAUCCAGGGCAGCAACGGCUCAACAGCACACAACACUACCCCCAGCGCAUAGAGGCCCCCACUGGGCUAGUGCCAGUCCCCACCCAACCACCCUUUCCCACAGCACACCGCAACGUGGGGGAGAGCCCACUCACUGGAGACCUUUACAUAUUGUAAGGGCUUAUUAUUUCUAGAGAAAUUGGCCGUCAUCCAAAAUAAUUUCACCUCUUGUUUCGACAUAAUUUAAUUAUGCUUUUUUUUUCUCUUCUUCAUAUUAUGCAGGUGUGUGUACACACUGUGAAUACAUGGCACAAUAGGGGAGGGACAACAUUUUUCUCCUUCAUCUGUAAAGAUAUCCAGCGGAAUUGGCAACUUUUCAAGUGGCAGUGCUGGGGGUUUUAAAGCUGGAGGCCAGGUGUUCUUUGGGUCAGUGCUGUAGACAUCUGAAUGGAACCACUCUAGGGACUGAUCUUUCCCUUCUGCUGUUUUAUCUACGGUAUAGCUUUUGACUCUCAGUACCCUCUGAUACAAUAUAGUGUCCACUACUCAGACUGUUACGUAUGCUGCUUUAGGGUUACCCAGAACAACUCAAAUUGGAGUAAGCCAAUGGCUUUUUAGCUACUCGUCUGACACAUAUUUCAUUUGACUAACUAUACAGUUACGCCCGUGUACUUCCAAUGAUGUAAACAACUAACAUGCAUUACAGCACCAACUCCCCACACACACAGAGCAUGUUGGUCUCCAGCUUUCUGAACAGCUACCCUGACUGAAGCACAUGACUUCCCAAUGCCCAUUCUCAGGGUCCCAAAACAAUUUACUACUUACUGAACACGUUCAAAACCUGAGUAAAUGUUUCUAUGAUUAUGGUAGGCUUUACAUUAGAGAGGGAGCUAAGAUAAAGACAACCAUAACAUGUUCACACACAAAAACAAAUGGGUGGAUGGAUGCAACUCAGUACAAUAAAGUGCCAUCUCUCUUUUUUAGUCUUCCAAUCAUUUCCGCGGGAAAUGCAUCUCGAAAUGUGGCAUCUCACUUGUGAAGGGAGCAUUUGAUUGAGGACCGAAGCAGCUAGCAUAUCGAGGAGGGAGUACACAGUGGUGUUGCCUCAUAGCCUCUGUUACUCACAAGUAGGAUUUGCCCCAACCAGGCAUGUUAACCAAAAAACAUGUUGCACAUGCAUGAACUUUAAUAUCUGGGUGACAUAGCUGGAGUAUGUGUCUUUGUUAACUUCUUCUAAACUGAGAGACUUGCAUCAGCAGGUGUCUUUGCAGAGGAAAAUAAAUGUAUUUACAGGCGUUUUAAAGCUCUGAGCCAAGUAAUGGUGUGACUGGAUGUGGAAACAGGAAGGAGAGAGGCCAUUGGUUAGCCUGGUAAUGGAGCUUGUCUCCAGGAGAAUAAAAAAAAACUUCAGUCAUCUUUACUGAAUUAUGUAGUUUAUAUGUAGUUGUAUAGUAUCGUUCUCUCUAUAGAAUUGUCUUAUUUUUAUCUUUUAUUAUUGUAAAUUAACAUAGUAAAUAAUUAUAAGGAAAACAUGUUGAUGUUGUAAGAAGCAACAGUAUCUUAAGAAAUAACAGUAAUGUUUACCAUUCCUCAUCCAUGACUUGAUUUUUUUACUGGUAAUUGUUUUAUUUUAGGGGGUUGGAGUGGGAGGGACAUGUAUUUCAGUCACUUUGUGAAAGGAUGCUGUUGUGGUUGUGUUUAGGGUGGGAGUAGUGCUCUCACAAGUUGCUGGAAUUGGCAAUUGUCAAGAAGUCCCAUCUCUCCAUCUAAUUUGAGGCAUUUGUCUCCGCUCUGUUACGUUGCAUCUGUGUUGCAGUGAGGCAACGACCAGUCUGUGGUAACAUUGUAAAUCCACUGGGUCCUUGCCUGGCCUACACUGAUGGAGAGAGGUAGUCUGGCAAUGCAGCUGCUAAAGAGCUAGAGCAUCGUAUCUUGGUGAAACUACAGAUGUUGUAUUUCUUCUUUAACCAGUACGUACGUAAGAGCUAGAGCAUCGUAUCUUGGUGAAACUACAGAUGUUGUAUUUCUUCUUUAACCAGUACGUACGUCACUGUAUAUAAUGUUCAACAUCUUUAUCUGACUGCACAAAUCUAGUUUCUGCUGUCAUAUGACUAUGAGUUGUUCUCCUUCCAUUUUACUUCAGUUUCACUGUGUUAAAAGUGUCAUGACAAUUAGCUAUCCAGACUUUGUCCAAAAUAGAAACGAAACCUUGCAGUCCAACAGGAGGCAUGUCUGACACUCAGGGGAGUAGGUAGUGGUUAUUUUGUCCCACAUGGCAUCUCAUUGCCUAUGUAAUGGGGAAUAGGGUUCCAUUUGGGACCCACCCAAAGUUUUUGGUUAUUUAAACAAAAAAACAAGCACACCAGUAGGUUAGAUGCAGCCCAACAGACUCAAGUUUUACUUCAGAUGGAGACACGACUAGUGUGUUCUCCUAUGAUGAUGACAGAAGCACAGUACAGCCACACUACUGAAUCUGUUAUAAAGCAGGGUAGUAGUGUUCCUGGAAUGACGAUAGCACAGGAUAUUAAUAAUGAUGUUGCUUUUAACUGAUGUGUGUGUCUUGAAAAGUUAGAAACACUAUGGAUACAUAUCAUUUUGGUAAUAAGAAGUUGACAGCAGGUGUAAAUGAGCUAAAGUGGGUUAGUAUAUAAUGACCCUGGUGACUUCAUUUGAUAACAGAAUUAUUCUCGACAUGCCGGCUGAGGCUAGGGAGUCCUCUAGGACUUUUAUUUCUUCUUCUUGUUGAACUGUUGACUUGUAGUCCUCUUCUUUAUAAUAGUAAGUUAGGAGUAAGUAAGUAGUAAGUUAGGAUAACCACCAUGCUAUUGCAACCCUUUGGUCUCUGCUAUCCCCACAAUUCUUCCUCUAUCAGAGGACUGGUGUUUGUGUGUUUUUAUUUGGGUGCAUUUUGAUUUUCUUAUAGUAUAAUUAGCCAGUGUUUAGUGUAAUAUGUAUUUAUGUGUAGUGGAUACCCGACUGAUAACUACUAUGUUUAGACCACGAUAGUGUCAGUAUUGAUGUCAUGUAAUUCUAAUCAAUCAGUAACAAUCCAUUUUUACAUCUAACAAAACACAAACUACCUAUUUAAGAGACCUUUUUUUGUACAAAAAAAAACAAACAUGUAUUUUAUCGACACAAUUUAUCAUCCAUGUUCAGUGACAGUACCUUAUUCUUGUUCUAAAAGCCAGCUGAUAUCAAAAGUAUUGCCGAACAAAAGCUUGGGUUGAAACUUGAAAUUCAAAAGGAAUUCAUUUACCAGUAUGUUCUGUUGGAGGUACAUGACAUGUCUGCAGCUACAUGACUGUUGGAGGUACAUGACAUGUCUGCAGCUACAUGACUGUUGGAGGUACAUGACAUGUCUGCAGCUACAUGACUGUUGGAGGUACAUGACAUGUCUGCAGCUACAUGACUGUUGGAGGUACAUGACAUGUCUGCAGCUACAUGACUGUUGGAGGUACAUGACAUGUCUGCAGCUACAUGACUGUUGGAGGUACAUGACAUGUCUGCAGCUACAUGACUGUUGGAGGUACAUGACAUGUCUGCAGCUACAUGACUGUUGGAGGUACAUGACAUGUCUGCAGCUACAUGACUGUUGGAGGUACAUGACAUGUCUGCAGCUACAUGACUGUUGGAGGUACAUGACAUGUCUGCAGCUACAUGACUGUUGGAGGUACAUGACAUGUCUGCAGCUACAUGACUGUUGGAGACGGUACAUAAUAAGUGUUCAUCUAUUUUACAUAGCAAUAAUGCCAACAGUAUUAAGUGAACACUGUGGUACUGUACUGCAGUCACAUCUGUUUACAAUAUAGCGACUGUGCUGUACAUUUUUUGUGUAAACAGACUGGCCUUUUCAAUUUGGUGGAGGAGUAGUUUACGAGCAUUACGUGGCAAAUAUAUAAAAUAAUCAAAUAAAAUCAAACCUCAUAAUCAGCAACAUUGCUCGGGCCCCAGGAAGAGUAGUUGCUGCUUCAGCUAAUGGGGAUCUGAAUAAAAUACUAGAUAACAUUGUAAAUGCAAUACAUGACAUAAGAUCAAAAUAUCAAUGUAUUGGGGAACUAUGUAUGAAAGGGUGAUUUUGUUUAUCUUAUUCUUCCUUUUGGGAUUAUUAUUUCAUUAGCUUGGCAUUUUAUCAUUUGGUGAGACCCUUCCAUUAAAAUGAUCAACAUAAGCAGGUAGUGUAAAAGGACACAUUGAAUGAAUAUUCAUAUAUUUGUGACAUUGUAAUAGAAACAAAUUGUUCAUCAACUCAUAUUGAAAUCACUGUAGUAAAAGGAAUGUAAGAAAUGAAUACAUGUUAGCAAUUCUGAAAACACAUAGUCGGCUUUUACUGUACUAAAACGGAUUUAUCUGCUCUGUGAUUCACUACAAUCACAGAGAUGUCUGAAUUUUUUACAAGUUGUUUCAGCACUUUAAAUCAAGUCAUGUGUUUUUAACAGAUCUAAUAAUACAAACUUCCGUUUUGAAAUAAGGCUUUACAAUGGUCUGAGUAAACUGUUGUCACUGUCAGCAGAGUAGACAUGAUUUAUGCCAAUGUACAUUCUAUCAUAAGGGAGAAUAAAGCACAAAUGAAAUGAACACAGUACUGGUACUUUAUCAUAUAUAUCUAACCAUGUCUCUUGUACCUUGGGGCCAAAAUCCAUUGAAUUGUCUUAGUCAUGUCAGCUGUAUAUCGUAAACUGUUCAAUUACAAAUGGUAAAUAAAAUCUAUUUUAAAGAUCA